AGCCACAAAGUCAUAAUUAUGGCUAACCCCCGUCUAUUUCUACAAUUUAUCUUGUUAUAAUCAUAUUUUGAACCUAACCCCAUGCCUAACGCUAACCUUAAAUUAAGACCCCAAAAAUAAUGUUAGUUUAAAUAAUUUUUUACGAUACAGACAAUUUUGACUUUGUGGCUGUGGAAACCCUAGGACGAUUUGACAGCAGUCUACCUAUCAAACAUGGCUGACCAAAACGAAACAUCACCUAAAGUAGAAUUCGGCAAUGAAUUACUAAACCCAUCUGAGCUGUUCGAAACCCGCACGCGCAGCCACAAGAUCCCGGUGCGCGGGCAGAAGGAUUUCAUUCCCACUGGGUCGGAUCAGCAAAGGGAUAGGCUUCAGCAGAGUUUGGACGAGCACUGGAAUCUAGUAUCUGAGGAGCGAGUGGAGAGGUUAGGGAACCUGGUGAAGGCAGUGUGGAUUUCCAGUGACAUGAUAGUGGAGCUGCAGUCACCAGCAGGGAAGUUUUGGCAGACUAUGGGGUUUUCUGCCCAUGGUAAGCAAUGUCUACAUCCAGAAGAGGCUCUCUAUCUAAUGGAGUGUGGAAACCUGCAAGUGUUCUACCAAGACCUGCCACUGUCCAUCCAAGAGGGCUAUGAGAGAUUUCUAUACUCAAAGACAAUGAGUAUACAGCAUUACCAGGUUUUUGGCCAUUUGAAGCGACUUGGCUAUGUGGUGAACAGAUUUGAUCCCAGUUCUGUGCCAUCGCAGUAUGAGAGGCAGUUGAACCUGCCCCAGUCCCGAGACACAUCAGGAAGACUUCCGAAGAGGAAACGCAGCCACAGCCCCACCUCCAGGCACACAGGAACACAGGAGGGCCCCACUUCUAAGAGAAUGGAGGAGGAGAAAGACUGUAACAGAGAGGAAGAAGACAAGAAUCCUGACUCUCUUCCAGAUCUUUCAGCCCCAGACAUUGACGAAAUACAGACAGCAUCACACGUUGACCCCACCACUUCAACCGAGGGUGGCCAGGGCAGGAGCUGGUGGUCAAAGGAAGGCUCCCCAGACCCUGACUCUGACCUGCCAGGUCAGCCCCAGAGCUCCCCUCGCUGGGACUUCAGCUGCAUCCCCUUCCCAGACCUGGGCUCCAGACGCUGGCUCCCCAGCAGCCUGACUUCCCCAGACCCCUGCCUGCUGCCCGGGGCUGUGGGGUCAGUGGGGGCCUGCGAUGUGGCCCCCUGGCUGCAGAGGCUCAACCUGCGGGAGGUGAGGAUGUCCCGGCGUGAGUGGGAGAGGGAGCGGGACAGGGACCGGUACCGUAGGGACAUCAACCAGGACAGAGAGGUACAACGUUGCAGGAACUGGGCGGAGUACCAGGAGCUACAGGAGAGAAGGAUUCAACGGAGCCGCAGAGAUAGGCCAGCACACCUGUGGGAGGGGCCGGUCACACCCCUACAUGACCCUGCACAGGUCACUUCAACUGGUGAGCUGCUGGAUAAAAUCAGUGUGAUCAAAUCCACACGGCUGCUGGAGGGAGCAUCCAGUUUGAAAGGUUCAGAGGAGUGGAGAAUCUGUUUCAACAUUUACCAACCCGACACGGUCGCUGAAUUCAAGAAGAGCGCUCCCGGAAAACCCUAUUCUCGCAUGUGUGUGUGCAGUUUUGAUGGUCCAGUGCCUGACUUGUGGACACUGAAAUUGCUGGCUUUCCAGAGUGGGGACAUCCCGGUCACCUAUGCAGUGGUGGACCAUGGGGACAUCUCCUUCUACUCCUUUAAGGACUUCCAGAUACCCACAGACGCGUCCUUCUGAGGGCCUGACCACAGCAAACAGUCACACAGCCCUGGUUUAACUACUGCACCAUGCCAGGGCUGCCUGCGGUGGAUCAGAAACUCUGCAACUGGAACUAAUGCCAAAGAAAUGAACGAAAUGGAAUUCUCUUAGUGAAUUGAUGGACUGCAGUCCUCACACUGUUUGAUGCUGUGGUAUGCCUUCCUCCUGUGUUGCAGACUUCUUUUAGUGGCAUAUGAUCGUCUGCAUCUGAUUGAAGGUAACCUACAUUGUCACCUCUCCAAACAAUGUCAACAUGUCUUAAAUCAAGCAGGGUUUUGUAAAGCCUCUGAAGAUUUUGAACCGAAUUGGCUCGGUUUUCUUCUGCCUUUAUCUCAUCACCACCAUUGGUUUUCUGGUAUUCAUAUACUGUGUGACUUCACUAUGUAUGCACUUACUAUAGAUGCGGUAUGUGUAGAUCAUACGUAUAUCUCAGCCCUUUAUUUUUGUCUAUCUGCCCAUAUUUUAGAUCCAAUCAGCUUUACUGACUGGCCUUUUGUUGUUGUAACCUAACCAGUUUAGGUUACCUGACUCCUGUUCUCUAUGUUACCCAUAGACAGGCUAGACAAUUUUUUACAGUUUCAUUUUUAUGAAGCUUGCAUUUAAUUGCUACUCCCUGUUUCACCCAACCAGCUUCCAUUCCCGUCACAAGGGGAUUUAUGGCUGAUUUAAAAAUACAUUUUAAACCCUGUUACGGUCCACCUUGUUACUUUAUUUAGCCCUUAAUAAGCACUUACUGUAGUAAUAUAUUUAACUUCUUUAGAUGAGUAAACAAGUUUUAUGAAGUUGAACAUGUGCUCUUUAUGACAGAUUGUUAAAAUGAGGUGAAAUUAACAAAAUAAUUUGACGAAGUUACACUUCUCAAAUGGCACUGAAUUUGUGGAAUGACCCAGAAGGUUUUGGCUUGAACACUCUGUACCUCUGACAAUGGCCCUGAGUAAAGUCAACUAGACACGUGAUUGGGCCACACUCACAUAAUGUUCUCACAUACAUAUAAAACACAGCCCUCUCCCACUUGGGCACCAUUCUGCUGGACCUAUGAGCCUAAACAUACAGCAAUGAGCACUCUGUGGCUUCUGUGUUCACUCGCUCUAAUAGGUGAGUUCUCAUUUUUGAUUUCGCUCAGCUCCUCUUUCUCCUUGUUUGUCUUUGGCUUCUAAGAAAACAAUACAUUUUUUGGCACAUUAUUGAAAAUGGAACUUGCGUAUGAGUCCCAUAUUCUACAACGUAUGGAUAACCCAUCCACUGUGCCACUAUUUGUAUCAGUUGUGAUCCAUGUCUUCUGUAAUCUAAGAUGGGGUCUACUCUCCUAAGCAGGUGUUGUCUCCACUAUGGAGGACUGUUCCUAUCAUCGUCUUCAGGAUCACUUGGGUCUGUCACAGAAAAAUGAAAGCACAACAGGUCUGCGGCCUGUGGUGCACUGGACCAAUUCUACACUAGUUAUGGUAGACAUGAUUCUGUUUGGUAUUAUCGAUUUGGUAACUGUUUGUCUUUAAACCAUCUGCCAACAUUUUGUUGGGUGAGCUCUGCCCUGAAACUCUGCAACUGGAACUUAUAUAUAUACAUACAUACAUACAUACAUACAUACAUACAUACAUACAUACAUACAGUGAGUAAACAGUAUAAAAAUAUAUGAUAUGUUGAUAUCAAUAUUAUAGUAUAUCAACAAUUAAUAUAAAGUAUAAUAAUAAUAUUGAUAAUAUAAUCUAUCAAUAAUGAUAUCAAUUUGAUACCCAACUGUGCAGUUGAUAACAUGGCAUACAACCGUUGGUUGAUGCAAUAUAGUUGGCCUGGAACGAGACCUAUGUUUGAUGCAACACUUGGAGGAUCAUCCAUACAAGUUGUCUUACAGGAGACAAGUAUUGAAUUUUUUUGUUGUAAUUUAUGUAUUAUGAGUACGUAAUCUAUACAGUGGCUUCAGAAAGUAUUCACACCCCUUGACUUUUUCUACAUUUUGUUGUGUUACAAAGUGGGAUUAAAAUGGAUUGAAUUGUCA